AAAAAAAAAAAAAAAAAAAAAAAAAAAAAAAAAACAAUUCUCUUCUCUGAGAUUUGAGGAAGAGAAUAUUUCUUUCUUUAUUCUCUAUCCGUUGCUCCCCAAUUUAGUACUCAUAGACGUGCCUCCAACUAGACAUUAAGGAGUUUGACAUUAAAAGAUUUUUCAAGCUCUUUGGAAGGAGAAUUGUUCCAAAUUUGGAUACAUUUAUAUAUAUUUUUGGUCGUUGACUAUCUGGGGUGGUGUUAAUUUUUCCUCUGGGGUAUUGAGAAGGCCGGUCUUUUGGUGACAUUGUGCUGAGCAUCAAAGUUCCAAGCAUCGAUGGGGCUUCUUUUUCGAAGUCUCGCGAUGCUUUGUAUUCUGGUAUGGUUUUCAUGGCUUCCGGAUCUCACUGCUCAAUCCACUUCCGGGACUUCAAGGAGCUCUGCUCACGCACUUGAUUCGCUUCUACAAGAUUACGCUUACCAGGCUCUUGUACGUCCAAGAACUGGAUUUAUCUAUGAUGGGCAUGUUCCUUCCAAUCUGACAGGAAUUAAGGUCUCGGCUCUGAGGCUUAGAAGUGGUAGCUUGUACAGGAAAGGUGUGAAGUACAGAGAGUUUAAUCUUUCGGUUGGUGUCCGCGUGACUCCAUACGUGAAAAGGCUCGUUUUGGUGUAUCAAAACUUGGGCAAUUGGUCAAUGGUGUAUUACACUUUAGAUGGCUACACUUUCUUAGCUCCGGUACUGGGCCUUCUUGCUUAUGAUGCUUCAAACUUGUCAGCAAAAAAUCUACCAGAAUUGGAUAUUAGAGCCUCCCGUGAUCCCUUAUUGAUAGAAUUCCCCAAUGUCUCAGCCCCUGCCGGGGCUGUGCCGAAGUGUGUUUGGAUUAACUCAAACGGUUCGCGGAGUUUCAACAAUGUGACAUCCGAUAACAAGUGUUUAGUGUACCAGCAGGGGCAUUUCUCCAUAGUGGUGCAGUCGAUUGCUCCCGCUCCCUCUCCAACGCCAGUGUCUCCUGGUCCUGCCCCAAGGGCCAAAGAAAAGGAGGGCAAUUCGAAAAAAGUGUGGAUAAUUGUUGGGUCCGUGGUGGGCGGAUUAGCGCUGUUGGGACUUGCGGCGUUGCUGGUAAUUUGGGCACGAAAAUUUCGGCAGAAGAAGAGGAUGCAACAGAUGGAGAGGGCUGCAGAGGUGGGAGAAGCACUGCAUAUGACCCCAAUUGGGAGCACAAAGGCACCAGCUGCAACAGUCACAAGAACACAACCAGUUCUCGAGAGCGAAUACGUGCCUUGACAAGCCACGAAACCCGCCAUUUGUACAACCCCGCCUCCAUUCAUCAUAUAUUCAAUGUUCUUUUCCUGUAAUCAGAGAGAGAAUUCUUCUACUCACACCUGUUUUUGGUGGUGUUGCUCCUCUUUCCCCUUU